UUUUAUGUUAUGUAAUUUCAUAAGUUCUUCCAAUAGCUAAUUUAUACUUCUAUAAAAUAUUAUAUUGCACACAUAAGCAAAUAUUCGCCUUUUAUUAUUUAUAAUUAUAUAAAAUGAUCGCUAUAUCAGUGUAAUAAACACAUACUUUACGACACACUUUGAACGAAAGCGGCAAGUAAUUUCUCAAAAACAAUACACUACGAUUUCCCCAGAUUAUGGAAGACAUAUUUAAGAAAUAUAUAUAAUUUGUUUUUUAUGCCGCCGAAUUUAAUUUAAUAUUUAAAAAUAAAACAAAGUUCUUUAAUAUACACUAAAUACAUGUAAUUAAAGCUACUUAAACAAAAAAAACGUGCACAAUUAAGCAGAAAAAUAAAGCAACUAGUUCUUAUCAAUAGUUGUCAAAUUUGUUUGUUGCUUUUGCUAACUUGCGAAACGUCAGAUACAAUCUCAAGAUCGCCGAUCUAAUAGUAAUAAGAGUUUUACACUACAUAUAGACGGUGUCUUACUGUGCGAUUGCGAUUAAAUACUUUUUGCGUUGAAUUGCUAAAAUUUUUAAAUUCAGACCUACUUCUUUGCCUGAUUCAUGCACGCUUCAAUAGAACCACAAUCUACAAAUGAUCUAAAAACGGGUUCACGUGUACAUGUAUUCUAUUCUGGCAAAUUCAGUAGCACCGUGUUACAGUAAGCAUCCCUGACAAAGUCACACUGCAAACGCCGUAUAUUGAGCUAGUACAACCAAUCCUAAUCUAUUACUUUGGGCAAACCAAAACAAACUAAUUUCAAGUCAGCACGUGAGAAUUCUAGUAAAAAUGACGAACCUACGCAAAGAACUUGAAAAAUGUAAACAUCCCAACAGUCGCAAAACUAAAGCGUUGAGCAGAAAAGCACGCCGCCAAAAUAACAAGCACAAAGCUCGUAUGGGGCAUGCUAUCAAAAGUAAUAUAAUGGGUGAGAAGCUCAGCUGGUUUCUGGGGCACAUUGAUGAAGACCGUACCCAGCCAUUGAUGCCACAAGAAUUUGAAGAUCUAAUAGCACUGUAUCUUAAACGUUUCGAUGAAGAGUUGGCUCAGAUUGCACUUAAACAGUCUAUAAGCAAAAAUCGAUCGAAACAACAUGCGGCCAGAGAGGAUGUUAUCAGAAUAACAUUGGAAAAAGAGCGUAGUGAAUAUCAAACGGGUGGUAUGGAACUCCUAAAUCUCUGCGAUCCCGUUAAAUUUAAGUCACUAAUGGACUGGGAUGGUAGUGCGCUUAGUGUGCAACAUUUAAAGUUGGAUCUUGUCUCUUAUAAAAUGUUGCAAAGCUUAAAAACGGCAAACCCUUUAAAUGAUAAUGGUGACAAUGCGUCUACUAGUAAUACUGCCGAAAGUAGUGCUAAACCCGAAGGAAUGGAAACCACUUGAGGAAAUACGCUUUACUGUUAUUUAUAAUUUUCAAUGUAAUAAAAUAUUUCAGUCAAAA